AUGAACGCGGAAGCUGGGCAAGGCAGGCAAGCAAGGCAAGUGAUAAACAUCGAUGAUGCAAACGACAAACGGACGAGCCCCAACCAAUUUAAUAUGAACGAACUCAAAAUCGGCAAAACGCUAACAGACAUCUAUGUAUGUAUUUAUAUGCGUGUUUGUGUGUGUGUGUGUGUGUAUGGUGCGUUUAUGCUAUGGAGAUAUGUGUGCACAUGUAUGGAUGGCGUGUGUUUGCAUGCGACGAUAUUUGCACGUUCAGUAGAAUUUUCGGUUAUAUCUGCCUAUUAUACGAAUAUUUUAAUCCCGAAACCAAAAGAUAAUCGGUCGCGUGCUAUAUUUCUUACGAGUUUAAGCUCACAAGCAUUAAUAGUUUCGAUCCGUAUCAUUUGA